UUCAUCUGCCCUGGGUAUAAAAUUAAUACUUUGUGCAGUCGAAUGUGGGCUAGUUUAAUACCUCAAAAUGUAGUUGUCGCAAAAAGAUGGAGAUGCAGAUUGAAGUAGGCAAUGCUAUUAAAUUAGGAAACGAUAUGUUGAUGGUGUAUUUGUCUGUGGCAAGCCUUCCUUCAUCAUUACUGAUGAUAUGACAGUGCAAUCUAACUCAACUAAUGUGUAUCUACAAGUGGUCAGAGAUCAGGGUUAUCUAGAUUUUGACAAGUUGAGUGAAUCACUUCUUGUCAUUGGUUCUGAAGAGGUACUCACCUUGCUGGAAUGCUUAUUCUCGUCCAACACUCCUUUGACAGACGCUUUCCUUAGAAAACAAAGCUCGCGCAACAUGAAAGUGCUGAUUAAGCCACUGAGUCCUGCUGUGCAAGAAUAUAAGAAUGAUGCUGAUUCAGGCUGUUAACUUUGAACGUUGUAGUUCGGAAGCAGGACAUGAAGGUUCUAUACUUUGAAUGCAGGGAAGAUUUUGUGAAUCUUCUUUUAACCUUUCUUGCUGUUUCUUUAGAUUUUGGACUAGAAGCCUCUGGUAAUAAUAUGGUUGUGGGAUGCAUCUUAAACUUGUUUAGAAGCUUUAACGACUUACGCUUUGAUAAAAGAUCACGCCCAAAGGCAAAGUCAACACUACCAUGGUAUUAUGGCUGCCAGAAGAACCUGCUCGAUAUUACCACUGGCACGGCACCAGAUUUUGGGUUUAGCUCUGAUGAGAGUAGGCUUAUGCAUCGAUAUGGAAAUUCAGGUAUGUUGGGAUGUGGUAGCCCUUAUCCACCACUGAAGCAUUUAUGCCCGCAUAGUGUUCAAUCGAUCAGCUUCAACUGUAAUGCAUGCAAGGGGUUUGUGAAGAAAAACAUGAAGUUUAGAGUAACAGAUGAUCUUAUAAUUACACCCCUGAGCUCAAGCUCGACCAUUGGCUAUUUAAAACAGUUUCAGGUGAGUUUAGCGGAUGUCGACGUGCAGCAGAUCAGCAUCGGCAAAGUAGAGGUAAACAAUGUACUAAAAGCUGCUUUUAUGACAUCGACGGCUUUAACCAAUGCUUUGUGGAACUUGCUCGUGAAGAAGCCAAAAGAGGAGACAUGAUAUCAAUAUCUCAGAUUCCAG